AUGCUUGUAAAGGAUUACCAAGGAAGAUGCUGGCUGGUUUAUUUAUUUUUGCUGCAAAUAUCCUGGGAUGUAGUUGUGUGUCAGCUCCAUUAUGUCAUCCCUGAAGAAGCUAAACACGGCACAUUUGUUGGAAGAAUUGCUCAAGAUUUGGGUCUGCAGAUGAGUGAAAUGAAUUCCAGAAUGCUAAGGAUUGUCUCUAGAGAUGAGAAGCAGUAUUUUCAGGUAAAUCUGCAAAAUGGAAUUUUAUUUGUUAAGGAUAUUAUAGACAGGGAACUGAUAUGUCCAGGCAUGCCUGUGUGUGUUAUAUCCCUACAAGUAAUUGUUGAUAACCCUGUGCAGAUGUACAGGGUAGAUAUAGAGAUUGAAGACAUUAAUGAUAACUAUCCAAUUUUCUUUGCAAAUGAAUACAUUGUUUCAAUAUCAGAAACAAGGCAUCAAGGAUCUAGAUUUUCGCUAGAGGGUGCUGUUGAUGCUGAUGUUGGGACUAAUUCUGUUACAAACUAUGAACUAAGUUCAAAUGAUUACUUCAUAUUAGAAUUUACUAAAUAUAUACAACAGAUACGGACACUAGAACUUGUGUUAAAGAAACCAUUAGACAGAGAAAAAAUACCAUUUUAUAAUCUGACUCUUAUGGCUUUUGAUGGGGGUAAACCAAAAUUAAGUGGCACCACUCAACUAGUGAUCACUGUAGAAGAUGUCAAUGAUAAUGCUCCUACAUUUGACCAACCAUUUUACCAAUGCAGUGUGAUAGAACAUGCUCCUAUAGGAACUUUUGUUUAUAAACUAAAUGCAACCGAUCUGGAUCAAGGUAAAAAUGGAGAAAUAUCAUAUGAUUUUAGCAAACUCGUCCCAGAACAUGUUAAAACAUGUUUUAGCUUGGACAAGCACACGGGUGAAAUAAAAGUAAAAGGAGAAGUGGAUUUUGAAGCAAGGAAUAUGUAUGAAAUUCAGAUUGAUGCAACUGAUAAUGGUGAUCCCUCUUUAGUAGGAUACUGCAAAGUUUUAGUUACCAUAACAGAUAUCAAUGACAACCCUCCAGAGCUGACGGUUACGUCAUUAUCUGUUCCUGUACCUGAGGAUGCCCCACAAGGCACUACUGUUGCUAUUGUUAGUGUACAUGACAGAGAUUCAGGAGCAAAUGGAAGAAUUACCUGUUAUAUCUCUGAACCCAGUACUUUCAAAAUAAUUCCAGCAUUUGCUGGAGACUUUUCCUUCACAGUGGAUGCACCAUUAGAUCGAGAAACAAAAUCUGAAUAUGAAGUACUAAUUACUGCAAAAGAUGAAGGAUCACCAGCCCUCUCAGUUUCAAAGAUAAUUAAGGUUGAGAUAAGUGAUGUGAAUGACAAUGCCCCUGAAUUUCUGCAAUCUGCUAACACAAUAUUUAUUAAAGAGAACAACCCACCAGGGUCUCAUAUCUACACCGUAUCAGCAUCAGACCCGGACAUCAACCAGAACUCCUUCAUCACAUACUCUAUUAGUGAAAGUACAGUCAAUGGGAUAUCAUUAUCUUCAUUUAUCUCCAUUAAUCCAGAAAAUGGGAACCUGUUUGCUUUACUUUCAUUUGAUUAUGAACAACUUACCUAUUUUCAAUUUGAAGUUAAAGCCUCUGAUGCAGGUUUGCCUCCUCUUAGUGGUUAUCUUACUAUUCAUAUUUUCAUUUUAGAUGUUAAUGAUAAUGCCCCUUUUUUUUCUCCACUUAGUGGAUCUACAGAAAUUAUUAAGUCAUUAAAAUCAGCGCAAGCAGGUUCCUUGGUGGCAAAAAUUACAGCAGUUGAUUUAGAUUCAGGAUACAAUGCUUUGAUAUCUUAUGAAUUUAAAAAACCUUUAUUAAGUUUACCAUUUCAAAUUUCUCAGAAGACUGGUGAAAUAAAGUUAAUACGAUCUUUUAUGGAGUCAGAUGGCGAAGAAUUUAGACUUGUAGUGGUUGCUCAGGAUCAUGGAGAGCCUUCAAUGUCUACAGUGAUGCCCAUCACAAUUUCUUUGGUGGAUUCAGAAGAAGACCUCAAAGUGGAUAAUCAGAAUUUAAAUGAAAAAGAAGACGAAUUCACCAGCGCAAAUGUUUAUCUGGUUAUAUCCAUUUGCUCAAUCUCAAGUAUAUUCCUUAUUUCUCUAAUUGCAUUUACUGUUUUACGAUGGCAAAAAUAUAGAGAUGAGGUAAAUGAACUAAAGGAGAGCUACAAGGUCUGCUCAAACACAGUUGGCAGUUGGAUUUAUUCUCAACAAAGUCAAUACAGGUUAUACUUAAAUUCUCUUCAAAGGAAUGAUUUGAUUGUGUUUACUCCAAAUUGCCCUCAGUCCUCAGAGAACGGAGGAAACUCAAACUUAAGUGAGCAAGGAACAGAAACCAACUCUUCAUUCAAGGUAAGAUAA